AUGGCGAACGACGGAUUCAAGUGGGACGGGCUGCUCAAAUGGAGCCUCGCUCACGCUGACGGAACGGACUCGGCGCGCCAUCUCAGGUUUCCUCUCCUCCUGUGAUCUGCAGGAGUCUGUUUUGCCUCUGCCAAUCGGAUAGUUUUACCCUCCGGGUUUGUUUUUUCAGCGAGGAGGAUCGAAGAUGGUUCAUGGAGGCUAUGCAGGCCCAGACGGUAGACGUUGUAAAACGGAUGAAGGAAAUCACACUUGUGAUGAAGACUCCCGAGGAGGUCUUGCAGGCCCAGGGAGUCAGUCCGUCCGACCUAGAAGGUAGCAUGUUCCUCAUUCGAGUUAUGGUGGUGAUAUCUCAUUUUAACGUCUGAGCCGAUACUACUGGGAACGUUUCGCAUGUACAAUUGAUUAGGCGUUACUUAGUUUCUAUGACUAAACCAAGUAACUAGUUACUGAUUUAAUCAGCAUAAAACUCGUGGGCCUUCGUUGUAUAAGAAUCUAAGAGAAUUUAGGUUGAUUCAUUUUGAUCAAAUUUGACCUCAUCCCUGUUCUACCGUUUGUUUUUCAGAAAUAACAAUUUAAUUGUUGAAUUUCGCAUGUUCAUGCUUUUUAAUGUUCUGGACUAUCCACGUGGAAUGUUUCGGCUGGAGCUAAAUUGCUUUGAGGCAUAAUUUUAAGCAUCAUUGGAGUUUACUGGGUUUAGUGAUGCCGUUUGGGAUAUUUCGGCUUGUAAAGUUUAGUUAUUCUUUGCGGGUCGUUGAUAUUGUUCUGUCUAUGUUAUUACUAUUCGAAGUAUUUGGAAGCUUUCUUUAACCUGGUAAUUGAUCUGCGUUUUGUGUACAUAAAGUUGGUGAUAACCUUUAGGCAGUGGGUUAAGUGUAAACCACAAUAUGCAAGCUGGACACAAGCAAGGGUUCAAUGCUACCUAUGUAGCAUCGUCUCACCUAGGGGUUUGAGUCCUAUGUACGGACUUUGGACUACCUAUGUUUCGUAUCAGUUUUGCGGCUGAUACUCACCUGUUUGUUUGUUUGCUCAAAUGCUUCGUAUUCAGAUUGUUUUCAUGUUUCUUGAUGACAGAAUUUCUUCCUGGUCUCCGUGAUCUGCUUGAAGAAUAUUCCUGUAUGCAUUUAGCUUUCUUUCCCGCUCUAUCAUGGAAGAUAUUUCUUAACAUCAUGUAGAUUCACAUACAAUUGCGUGUGGACAAAUGGAAUGGAAAAUAAGGGAAUCAGAUUCUUUGUCUUGUAAUUGCCUUUCAGUUAAGAACAGGCAGGACUAUUUUUUCCACGUUUGAUUUCGGACUGCGACUGAAUUUCCUAUUUUUUCUUCUGUAUGAUUAUUUUCCCUAUGCCAGGCUGUUUCUAUGUUGUAGUAAAACAUUUUAUGAAAAUAAAGAAAUAACAUUGAAUGUUAGCAUAGGUAAGGAGAUGAAGAGGUAUUUACUGAUAUUUGUCGACGUUUUUUUUUUACUAAUUUAUCCAUAUUCUAAUAUUUGUUGAACUGCUAUGUUGCCAUCAGGGUGCAUAGCACGUUGUUGAGAGAUUUGGGAAUUUUAUACAGCAUAAUUUCCUUAACCCGAUAGUUACUAUAAUUAUCCACAUUGCUGUUAUCCAAACUAGUUAUCAUGUAAACAAUAGAUGUAGCUUUUGUUGCAUCACAUGGAGAUGUGGUUUUUAUUAUACCCUUUUUCGUAGAGUUCUGUUGGGGAUACUUUUUUCGGUUGUUCUGCAUCCAAAGCGUUAUAAACAGUCUCUUCUGCGGUGAAGUUGGAUAUUUAUUCAACAGAAGGCUAUUCUGCAAUUUACGUGUGAAUUUUAAAUGUGAUCAAUCACUUUUUAAUAAAUUGAGUAGAGCUUCGGGUUGUAUUCUUUUCCCCUAUAUACUCAUGACGACAAACUUAAUUGUGCUGCAGAGAUGUUCGAUGAGCUACAGGAGCACGUUGAGUCCAUUGACAUGGCGAAUGGUGGGUUCAUAUACAAAUAUUACCUCAUUGCUCCUGCUUUUUCUAUUCGAUGGGUGGAGAUUUAUUAUUUUCUUCAGCUCAUAUUUGUAGUAAUUUUAUUUAAUAGUGAGACGAUUAAUGCUGAUUUUAUCAGCAAAGGACCCAAAUCUCUCGCAACUUCACCGUUAUAUUGUGUAAACAUAUAAGUUUACAAUUUCUGUUUUGUAUAAACAUAUAAGUUCACCUCCUUUGGCUACACAUGGUUCUCAAUUGAUGUCGUCGGGGUUGGGAUGCUCAAGUCUUUCGUUGGGUCUAAUAUUUGAGCGAUGAUUACUUGGUGAUGACUGGGUUCUUUUCAAUUCAAUGUUCCUUUCUAUAUAUGCUCUCAUUGGUCAUGUGGCUUAAGGGAAUCAUAUAAUCAAUCUGGAUCAGGAUAUUUUCGGCCUUGCGUUGUGAGAAUCAAUCUCUUCAGAUAUUGUUCUAAUUUCUUAUAAUUAACCUGACAGAUCUCCAUUCAAUUGGGGGUCUGGUCCCUCUCCUCGGAUACCUGAAGAACUCCAACGCUGGGAUUCGGGCCAAGGCUGCCGAAGUGGUGACCACCAUAGUUCAGAACAACCCCAGGAGCCAACAGCUCGUCAUGGACGCAAACGGCAUGGAGCCCCUCCUCUCCAACUUCAGCUCAGACCCGGAUAUCACUGUACGCACCAAAGCCCUCGGGGCAAUCUCAUGUAAGUACCCGAUACUACCUUCUCAGGUGUCACGAGUUCUAGAUUAAUCAAGCCAGUGGAUUUCUCGCCAAAGCAUCUCCCAUUGGAUCGGUCGGACCAGCUGUGCCGCUUUAUUUCGUGUCCUGAUACUAAAUCCUAAACCCUAAUAAGCCCUAAAUCCCGAAACCUUGAUAUACGGCAAAAGCCUGAAACCCUUCUAAACUCUGAAAUCCUAAACCCUGUUUCCAGAAAUCACAGUGGAUUUUUUAUUUAUUUAUAGCCGGCGUCUGAAAAUUUGUUCUUGCAUCUGAAUGAAUAGUGUCUUAACUUUUCGAAUUUAUGUUGCUGGUGAUUGAACUCUUUAUUGGUUUCCAGCUCUAAUUCGGCACAACAAACCGGGCCUGACCGCGUUCAGGCUGGCAAAUGGCCACUCCGGGCUGAGAGAGGCGUUGGGCUCUGGGAAUGCCAGAUUUCAGAGGUCGGUGUUCGGAUCCGCCAUCUUCAGCGAUUAUAUCUAAUCAGUCUAAUCACCCUAACAAAAUUGGGUUAUUUUGUAUCGUUUUUUCUUUGAGGGAGGAAAUAAUGAAAUCCUGUUAUUUCGAGCAGGAAGGCGCUCAAUCUCAUCCAGUAUCUGGUCCACGAGAGCGAAUCGGACCGCGGCUUGGUCUCGGAACUUGGGCUCCCCCGGCAGAUGGUCCACCUCGCUGCGAGCGACGACAAGGACGUUCGCGAGGCGGCUCUUCGAGGCCUCCUGGAGCUCGCUCGGGACGAGCGGGCCACGGCGGCGGCGCUGCUGCUGGCGGAGGAGGAGAAGCUGCGGCAGGUACUGGAGGGAAGGGUCCGGGGCAUCGGCGAGAUGGGACCCGAGGACCUCGGCGCCGCCCGCGAGGAGCGGCAGCUCGUCGACGCCCUGUGGGCCGCCUGCUUCGGAGAGCCCUCGUCCCUCCGUGAGAAAGGCCUCGUCGCGCUCCCCGGUGAGGACGACGAGCCGUCGCCACCGCCAGACGUGGCCGGGCAGCUCCUCGAGCCCCCUCUACGGGCGUGGGCAGCAAAGCAGCAGCAGCAACAACCGCCGCCAGCGCCGGCAGAUGGCGAGAGCUCCGCCGGCGGGAAGAAAGCGGCCCCCCUGCUCCUCGGCCCCCCGGGUGGAGACCGACAUCCCCAAACGUGA